AUGCCACCGAAAAACGCGACAGCGAAUGCUUCGCGCAGAAAAGGCCCGUCGUUCAACCCACCACGGCCUGUAAACGCGGCUUCCCAGGCAUCUACAACCACGAAACGCGCCCCAGCAGCGGCUUCCCGCGCGACGGGCCCAGCCAAGAAGAGCAAUGCGGCAGGCUCAAAGAACGGCUUCCAGCCAGCGGCCGAGAUAAUCGACCUAUCUGACGAUGAUCAAGACGAAGAGCUUGCCGAAGAUCUAAACCUCUCAGACUUUGACGACAUAAUGGAGGACGCACCCGCUGCUCCCAAACCACCACCAGCCAACCCCGCCCUUUCCGAGCCCGUCGUACCACGACCCCUCCUCGCACGUCUGCUUCUCGAGAACUUUGAGGAUCCAAACAUACAAAUACAAACCGGUGCGAUGAAGCUGGUCGGAAAGUACAUUGACAUCUUCGUCACAGAAGCUUUUCUUAGAAGCCAAGACGAGAUGAAAGCGUCUGCAAAAGAUGGGGGUGCCAUUGACGGUUUUCUUCAAGUAGAGGAUCUUGAGAAGCUGGCGCCCCAACUUGUGUUGGACUUUUGA